GAUACGACAGAGGGGCACGUAGCGCGUCGUUGCAAGGAAACACAACGAGUGUGCUAGUGGCACGGCCCCCGGUGUGCUCACUCCACAGUGCUGCUGUGUCGUGACGAAUAAUAAGUUAAUACAGACUAAAUAUUGAUUUGAAUGAAAAUUUAUCAAUAAGGUGGUGUGUUGUCAUUAACGAUUGAUUAAACGAAACAAUAAGGGUAGAUAAAUAGUGAAUUGCGAAUAUAUAGGGCCUCAUCAAAAUGGCAGACUGGCGGUCUCCCGCGGAGGAAGUCGCGGCCACCGACCUGUGCGACGAGAGUCGCGUGCCGCGUGAACGACACAAAAAGCGCGUAGUGGAGCAUCAGUCUCCGUUGACGGCACUUGUCGUGCAUCAUCGCCAAUCACAUCAGGCUUUUGUCCUUGACACAUCGUGCUGCAAUGAUAAAAGUGAAACUAGUGCCAGUGACAAUUGUCGUGAUAAUAGUAUUGAGAAUGUAAUAAGGUGCAAUGGAGUUGUGAUGAGUGAUGAGUGUGAUGUUGAUUAUUGCAAGCAGUAUGGGGAUAACAAUGAUCUGGUGAACGUUUAUCUGUUGAAUGGAAAACCAGUGAACGUUAAGGCUAACAAAAUUCAAUCGAAAAUGGUAACUGGUGAUGAAAAAUUAUUGGCUAAUGGUGAUUGUGAUAGAAAAUUGAUGGUUGAGAGGUGUACGACAAAAAUGCCGGAUAAUAGAGCCGAGGGGGUUGUGGUAUUGGUUGAAUUUGGUAAUAAGAGUGAUGGUGAUGAAUGUGUCAGUGAUGUGCAUCGUAAUAUCCUUGAUAUAGACGCGAAUGCGACUGUUGUUGAUGCUGCUGCUGCGGCUGUUGCUGUUUCUGCUAUACCAGAAACAAUGAAGGAAAUAAAACAGCACAAGCAGCACACUACCGAUGCUACUGGGAGUGAGCUUGUUGCCAGGCUAGGUAGCCCCUACAAGGGACAGAUCAGGACCGCUGAAGACACCCUCGUUGGACCCUGCGGCAAGAAGCGGUGCGCCGAUCGAUACGACAGCUCCGAGAGCUCCGACAGUGGUGUUGCGAUAUCCUGUGGUGAAUGCAGCAGCAGUGGAACAAGCGAUAUCACUGAGCCCGGCUCACCCUGCAGCACAAGCAGUGACGAGGGCGUCGCAAUAGGGGGGGCAGCGGCUAGUAGUCCACUGCCAUCAUUGCCCAAACUGGCACCAACAACAUCAUCUAUGCACAAUGGGACCAGGCCCCAGUGGCCAUGGGCCCCACCACUAGCUGCAACAGCGUGCUCAACGUACAAAACACACAAAGGAGAACCCGAAAUUGGCACACUACCAAAGGUUGGCGCUGCUGAUCCCACUGCCAGGGGUGGAAAGACAACCCAAUUAGGAAAACAACAGAGUCAUCAGGAACAUCAAGGGAAGAUCACUGAGUAUUUUAAGACGCAGAUAAAACCUCAGCAAUUGAAGGCAAAGAAAACUACCGUCGAAAUGUCUGUGAUGAUAGCAAAGAAUUCCACCGAGUUCCGUCGGCCCCCAACAGUACAGAGGAAUAAAGGAGGUCUAGCAAAGUACCUGGGUGUAGUAACGCCAAAUGGAAGAAUCGAUCACGACUGGGAAGUAAGAACAAUGACCGUGUCACCACCAUUAACCAGGAAACUACCAACUGCAUCGCCUCGAGUCAGUGUUACAAAGUUGGACAAAAAGCUCAUAUCCAAAGCAAUACCAGGUUUUCCAAUACCAAGUGAAGUGCUAUCGAGUAUUCCUAGUUGCAAGAUAUCAUCUCUAAGAUUAACGAGUGAAGCAAGCCCGAAUGCCAGUAGUGGUUCACCACCAUCAACAGCCACACCAAAUCAUCCAAGUCAGACUGAGCCUGUGGCGUCGAUUGAAUUCGAAGGAACUGCCAAGCCCAUUGUGAAUGAGAAUAAUAAUGUGACUAUUUGCAGUGGCAAUCAUAUCAACAGCAAGGAGCAUCCUCUUUCAUGGAUGGUGAAUGGACUGUUGGACAAGAGGGAGGAGGAAAAGCCGAGGACAAAAUCCAGGGUCGAGGAAGAGGAGGAAGAGGAGGAGGAGGACUCCUCGAGGAGUAGCCAAUCGAAACCAUCGACGAGGAGUAGUGAAUCCAGUUCGCCGAUACUAACAGCACCUACUACUAUCAGAUUUCCUGCCAGGGUACCAGCUAAAAGUAAUAGUCAAACCAAUGACAGUGGAGUCUGUCGGUGGGACAAGUGCAAUGCCAAUUUCGAGUGCAGUGGAUUACUUCUCGAACACUUGCAGGUUGCUCACAUCAACUCACAAACUGGGGGUGACAAUUUCGUAUGUCACUGGCAAGGCUGUAAAGUAAAAGGCAGAACUUCAUGCUCAAGAAGAUGGUUGGAACGACAUGUGCUAUCCCAUGGAGGAAACAAACCAUUCAGAUGUAUAGUCGACGGUUGCGGCAGUAGAUUCAGUUCACAGCCCGCACUUGAAAGGCACGUCAAUAGUCACUUCAAUCAACCGGAGACGAGCACGAGUAACAGCAGGAGGAGUUGUGAGAACGGUGGAAAACUGGUGCGAAGGAAUGGAAAGAAAUUGAGAUACAGAAGACAACCGUGGUCGGCUAGGCUGUUUGAUUAUUUCGAUACUGGAGUGAUGGAGGGUCUUCAACACAGGCUGUUGGAACUCGCGAAAACCAGGACUCAGGGCCUUUUGGCAGAAACGCCGGGAAAUUCAAUGACCUUAACUAGUCAAGUUUUAGCCAGAAGAAUCGAGAAGGAUGGGAAAACCAAGGUGCUAGUACGUUGGUAUCCGCAAGACAUUGAGCCGGAUGAAUGGCUAUUGGAAUCAGAAGUACAAAGCACAAAACACAUACGAAUACGAAAAGCCGCAACUACCUCAAUCGAUGAGGUAAGCCUAGUAUUGUAUCCCGCAAUUCACGGUGGUCCACCACCAACGACACGAGUGAAGCAGCGCCGAAAGCCGGUUAAGAAUUCGUGAUAAUGUAGCCUGAUGAACAAACCUAAAACAAACAAUCACACUUGAUGCUCCUUUUAUCAUCGAACAAUGGGACAUGAACAAAGAAGGCGAAGGAGGAAUGACCUAGGAAAUUAAAGCCACUGCCACAAAUCUAUUUUUCGAAGAAGAGAGUGAUCUAGGAUCUUAUCAGCUGGAGCAGCUUGGAGGUGAAAAAUUUAGAUUCAAGAGGAUUCAACGUUGUUCGAUCGUCUCGCUAUUGAGUUCAAUGUUUUUCAUGAAUCUAGAUGUAAAAGACCCGUCGCGAGGUGCAGGGAGCAUCAGCAUGUAUUAAAUACAUCAUAGAAAAAACAUUUCAUGACGUAAUUGCUACUGAUGAUGAUAAUUCCCGUUGUCUGUAAUUCAUUUCUUAAAAGAGUCUAACAGUGCCAGGUUUGAUCCGAAAAAGUGCCUCACCCCUUGGAAUGUAGCGUUUGCUGGCUUGACAUCAAAUCAAUGUAAAGAAUUCAAAUGUCUGGACAAAAUACAUGGAAAUGAUAACAAAUUGUAUGAAGUAUUCACGCCUAAAUUGAAAGGGAAUUUCAUAAUGAUCUAUUUAAGAUCCAAAUCACUUAAUUAUUUUUUAAUAUUAAGUGUUAGCUAACGAUUAUGCAAAAAAAACUAAAAUUAAAGUAGAGAAAAGUAGUAAGAGCACAAAAAUAAUAAUCACUUUGGUGGCCUUAUGAACAAAUUGUUUUUUCGAACUUUGAUCCCUGGCGCUGAUAAACACUGGUGUCAUUCAUUCUGCUGGUCGUUCUAAUUUAUCAUUAAAAAAUUAGAAUUAUCUGCGGAAGAAUUCACUUUGAAAAAAGAAAUGAAUAGAAUAUUUUCAUGAAACAAUUUAAUGCGAAUUCGACAGAUUGUAGUUUAAUUUUUGACAUCCACUGAGUAAGAAACUGAAUCAACAGGUCUUUACUGUUUCAUAUUUGUUUCCAAGUUUUUCGCUCUUUUGAGAAGCCUGAGUAUAGCAUAAUAACGAAUAGAGAAUCAUCGCUUUGAAUUGUCAAUUAAUUUUCAUAUCAGCUUGGAGCUGUUGACAUGCUAAGUUGUACGUAGACUAAAUUUUUUAUUGCUCAAUUCAGCGGUUUUUUUUUUAAUUUUUAAUUUUUUUAAAUCAUCCAAGUUGGUCACUUUGUUCAUUCAGUUUAUGAUGUUACUUUUAAAUUGAUGAGCCGACACCCCUUUACCGUAGGUAAAAUUAUCAAGGCUGUGUUCACAUUUUUCCACACCUCGCGAUGAGGUACCUAACAAAUACCAAAUGAACACGAACUGUUCUGUGGGGGAAUAAUGUGAAGAGAAAUCAUAAAGAAAAGAAUAAAAAACAAAGAAAAAAAAGGAGGAAAGGAAAAAAGAAUGGAGAAAUAAUGUGUACACAUAAAUAGCUGAUAGAGAAUUAUUUGUAAAUUAUGAUAAAGUAUGAAUGGAAAUUGUAAGAGCUAGGUUGAAGUGGGUUUAUCGAGCGUCGAGAAUUGUAAUUAGAGUGAGAUAUUGACGAUACGAAAACACACAGACACAAGCACACCAGCUGUGUUACACUGCCAAUACGUGUAUUUAAGAUUAGGUUAAUUAAAUAAUUGAGUAAUUAAUUGUGUGGACCGAUCGUGUAAUCGUGUAGAUCUCUGACCACAUUAAGUUACACUUAACAUUUGUCGUACGAUUUGAUUAACGGCAACAACUCCCAAAACUAAUGAAAUGAAACAUAAGUUUUUUAAUGUAAUAAUGAACGUACGACAAAUGCAUGUUUCUCCUUGUGGUAAUUUUUUCUUUUGUAAAUAAUUAGGUGAAAUUAUCAUUCGAAUUAUGCGCGUACGUCGAAACCAUGUUUCAUGAGUAAUUCACGUCUCAACGACACGUGAUCCCCGGCUCUUGUAGAGUCCAAUUUUUGGUAUCAACUUUUCGUUUUUCGUAUUGUUUUUCAUUUCAUAUUUCUACUGUUUAGUCUCAGGCGAAUUUUAAUAGUCUUUUCUAUGAGAUGAUACGCACAAAGGGGGACCCCAUGUCAUUCUUAUUCUUAGAAUGAUCGGGUUAAAGGGUUAAAGGACACUGCCAACAAUACUGCCCGUAUUUCUCUUCUUAUUUUUCUCAUCAGUGUUAGUCUGAAUUUUUGAUUUUUUUUUCAUUUUUGGUAUACCUAUACUUAAAAAUUAUGCUGCCAUUUAUUGCGAUAUUAUCCGUCAGUUAAUUAUUAGAAUUAGAAACGAGAAUAUUCCACUGCCCAUGAAUGUUAAAGGUGAUUUUAGGCGGCAGAUCAAAUUUAAAUUUGGGUUCAGAAUAAUGAGAUCAAAUUUUGGAUUUUAUCUCUUCAAAUUUAUUCUCAUUCCUUUUCCUUAAUUCGACAGCAUCAACGAGAAAGGGUCGCUCGUUCACUGAUCAUUAGAAAUUUCUUGAUCGACUCAUUGUUUUGAAAAAUUCUGUUUCGUGGCUCAAUCGGUUGCCGAUAAUAUGUUUUAAUUCGAAAAUUUAAUCAAAUAAAGUGUCAAAAAGUUACAGGGAGAUUUUCUUUCCACACGACUAAGGGACCAAUUUCAUAUUAAAAAGGCACAUCAAACAUUGGAAUUUUCUUGACUUAUUCGCAAUAACUUUUCACUCGUUCAUUUUUCACAUGACUCAGUAAAAUUUGUUAUCGGUAGCUAGAUUAUGCUUGAUCUCUAGAAUUAAUAUCUGAGCGAUCUAAAUGAAGAGUGUUGUGGCCUACAGACUGACGAUGAAGAAAUGUCAAAAAUUAGUAAUUAAAAGUUUACCUUUAAGAUUCAAUUUUCCAUCAGUCGUGUUGCGUUUAACAUUGAAUCCCACCUAAGGUAUUAGAAUUUAGGGUGCUCAUUGAUUUUUUUUUUCGUUCCUAGAAGACUGCUGGGCUGAAUGUCACGCCAUAAAUUUCUUUUAGCUUAUAAAUGGCGAUUUAAAAAUAAUUAUUUCGAUGACUGAUGAAAAUAUAAGUAAAUUCUCGUGACGAAAGAUCAGAUACGGCCCUUUCUCCGAAUAUGUCAAUUUUUUUUAUGAUAGGAAAUUUUAUGAACAUGUUUAUAGAUGAAUCCUUUUAGAAUCGCCAUUUAUUUACCUGCGAUUCCCUCUGGUAUUUGAAUUACACAUACGUUGUAUAAUAUUGCUAAAUACUAAAUUAAAAAUAUUUUUUAGGAUUAGACCGAGAGAAUAAGUUAUCAAUAUAUUAAAUAAAAAGAAAUGGCUAUCACUGCCAGUGAUGGAUAAAUACUGUAAUGUUCAUUUUUUAAUAAUUUUCUUUAAGAGAUCAAGGGGUUUGAUAUGCGUGAAUUUAUAUCUGGAGUGAUUUAUAUUUGUUUCCCGAUAGAAAAAAAUAUGAUAAAUAGAAACUAGCUUCGAUAAAUUUUGCUAGCAAAUUUUUUAAAGAAAGGAAUUAUGUAAAUAAAUAAAUCCAAAAUAAUGAUUGAAAAAUGA